AUGUCUACAAUUGUAACAAUAGAUCCGGCACAGACAUACUCCAUUAGUUCACCUUCUUCCACAACUUCUUCAUCUCGUUCUUCGUCACCAGUAACUUCAUUUUAUCAAACCUCAUCUACAGCCACAUCUGCAACUUCAUCAACUGAUUCUUUGGAUACAGUUAAGUCUACUACAUCAACUUCAACUAUCAAAUUGUUGUCGCACACUUCUUCAGAUUCCAUCACUAUUCCAAUACUGCGUACUCCAACCCCCUCAUCUGCAUCCGUACUGCAGCAGCAGCAACAACAUCAACAACCACAACAGGUACCACCACAACCAAAGUUUAAAUUACCAAAUUACUAUGUUCCACCUGCUAAACUCGUCCACCCUACAAUUGCUGUAACUUCACCACCACCCCCACCACAACCACAACAACCACAACAACCACAACAAUCUAAUUCAUUGCAGCUGGCUGCUUCAACUACAGCUAAACCACCAUUAUUGCGCAAGAAAUCGGGUGAAUUAAUAAAAUCAUCAUUAAAAUUACCGGCAUUACUUCAACGUUCCAUUUCAUCACCACAUAUAUCAACAGAUGGUGAAGUUGGAGGCAUAAUUUCGCCUCGUAAACUGGUUAGGUUUGCUUCAAGAUUAAUCAAUGUUCGUAUGUUUGAUGGAUGCGAUACACCUGCCUCUGUUUCAAGUGCUGGUUCACCAUUGGAUUCACCAGAUGAAGGUGAAGAGGAAGAUUACUUUUAUACAUCUGGAGGCAAAACAGGAUCAACCUUUACCAAUGAUGGGUUUGAUUUAUCAGUGCCUGCUUAUGAAGAUUUUGAAUUUAGUAAGUUUACCAACAAGACGACAAAUUUCGAUUGGAAUUUCAAUUUCGCUAAACCAAAGGAGGAAAUUAAGGAGUAUAGAUUGACGUCGCAUAACAUCCCAUCCACCACUAGAACCACCGAGCCUAACUCCAAGAUUUGGAUGACCUCUGCAUACUUGUUGAAGGUAAACAGCAAGACUUAUUUGUGUGGAUGGUUGAAUGUGGUGAAUAUAGCAUUUACCAAAGAAAUCAAUUUGAAAUUGACAAUAGACAAUUGGGAAUCUAGUAUAAUUGUUGGUGGAAUUGCCAAAUAUCAAAAGAGUUUGGGCUCCACCUUGGAUCAAUUCAAAUUUAUGUUGGAUCUUGAACUGUUCAACAUUGUUGAUGAAAAAACGAUUGAAUUGUGUCUUGAAUACAACACCAAUGGACAAACGUACUGGGGUAACAAUAUGCAACAAAAUUACAAGUUUAACAUUGAGAGAAAAAUCAAGAAACCAGUGGGUGCUGUACCACAAGCUCCCCCACAACAAAGACUGAGACUGAAGCUGGCUCUGAGUCAAAAUCAAUCACUUAAUUCAUCCGGAUAUGAAGAAAUUUGCACCAAAUUACUCAAUCAUAAAUCAUCUUUGGCUUUAAAUUUCACUAAUGAUGAGUUUUCAUUUAGACCAAGUUUGAAAAAGAGUUAUUCUGCAAGUGAUAUCACCACAGCCCCUACCACUACUACAAAUUAUGGAACACCAAGGUAUUCUAAUAGGCAACGUCAAAAGGACAACAAUAAUAAGCAAGGGGGAACCAGCAGUCCUGGAAUUAAAGAUAUGACUUAUGCUGAUAUUCUACAAAAGUAUUGUUUUGCCGGAACUCCAACAUCGUCACCUGCUGUUGCAACCACAUCAACCGCUGCGACAAACACGUCUGCUGCUGGUAGUGCUAGUGCUCCAGCUAGUGCCCAGUCAAGUCCUUUGUUGGGAUCAUCUUCUUGUCCAUCACCCCCAGUUGCUGCUGUUGCCGCACCCACUCAAACAAGCAUCUUCAUUUAA